AUGUAUGUGAAAUGGGCUGAAACAGAAAUGUUUUAUUAUGAAAAUAAAUUAAAUUUUUUAAAAUUUUAAAAUUUCCCACCGCCGGCGGCGGCGCCCGUACGUCCCGACAUCACAGGGACCGGAACACAGAAGCCGGAUGCCGGCAUCGGCCAGAGGAGAUGGCCGGGGACACUGCAGGGGACACAUCGCGGGAGCGAAGGGCAAGGUAAGCUCUGCAGGGACUCCCUAUGCAGCGCCGCAUGGUAAGCCCGUGUGUAGCUCGGGGUUACCGCUUUUGCUACACUCGGGAAUACCGCUGGGGAGGUUA